GUCUGCGCCGAGUUUUUGACGUCAGUUGGAGCGCGACCGUCAGUGAAGGAUCGAAGCGCGAGUAGCGAGAGGAAAAUGAGCAAAGCGCACCCGCCCGAGUUGAAGAAGUUCAUGGACAAGAAGUUGUCACUAAAGCUGAAUGGUGGAAGGCACGUGCAAGGAAUUCUACGUGGUUUUGACCCCUUCAUGAAUCUUGUGGUGGAUGAAUCUGUGGAGAUGGCACCCGGUGGCCAGCAGAAUAACAUUGGCAUGGUGGUGAUUAGAGGAAACAGCAUUAUCAUGCUUGAAGCUUUAGAAAGAGUAUAGUGAAGACAUCACCAUUUCUGAAUUAGCGGAGACGACACUCUACAAAGAUGGCUUUGAACAUGCACUUGAAGCAUUGAAUUUUUCUUGUCACGAGGUGGAAAGGCACCUGCAGCUAACUUUAUAAAGGCCCAAUAUUCAGGAUUCACUUUUGUGAACAGUUUGGAAUUUGUACUUUGACAAGUAGCUAAAGAACAUUAAAUAAGUGUUUUUGUAUGAAAAGGAUUGGAUCAGUUGCUUUCAUCUCCAUUGUUUUCAUGUAUAUUAAUCUCAGAUGAAUCCCAAAUAAUCUGCCAAUUGCUGGUGACUUCGUUUCAUUGUCCUCUGGUAAAUAAUCCUUGUGUGACAAUAAUUGGAACUACUUACUUUCAGAACUCCUCUCUCAACCCAAGGAUAAAACUAUUGACAUUGGGGCCUAAUGCAAAGAAUCAGUAUUUGCUAUGAUGUUGCCCUAAUCGUAACCAGGGAACCAGAAUGGAAGCGAAGAUCUGCCCAGAAAAGUGUGGUGCUAUGACCUUACCGACAUCUCCAGUGAAUAGCACAAGGUUCGACUCUCAAUGAGCAGCUGCAUGGAAUCUAAAAGUCUGUACUCUUGAGUGCAUGGCACAGUAAGCUUUACAGUCCAGGUGACCCAAGUUCAAUUCCCUUUACUGCCUGUAAGGAGUUCAUAAGUUCUGGUGAUGACGUGGGAUUCCUCCAGGUGCUCCACAUUCCUCCCGUAGUCCAAAGAUGUACCAGUUGGCAGGUUAAUUGCUCAUUGUAAAUUGUCCCAUGAUUAGGCUAUGGUUAAAUUGGGGGAUUGCUGGGCGGUAUGGCUUGAAGGGCCAAAAGGGCCUAUUCCACUCUUUAUCUCAAUAAAUAUAAAAAAAAAUUAGACCAUAGGAGCAAAAUUUGGCAUUCGGUCCAAGUUUGCUUUGCCAUUCCAUCAUGGCAGAUCUAUUAUCCUUCUCAACCCUGUUAUUCUGUCUUCUCCCCAUAAUCUUUAACAGCCUUACUAAUCAAUAACCUAUUAACCUACACUUUAAAUAUACCCACUAAUAUCCUCCAUGGAUUCAUCACCCUCGGGCUAAAGAGAUUACUCCUCAAAUCUUUUCUAAAGGGAAAUCCUUGUAUUCUGAAUCUGUUCCAUUCAGUUCUGGCCCACUCCCCAUAGCACUUUCAUUCCCAGGAUCUUUCUUGUGAACCUCUGGACAUCCAAUGCUAACACAUCCCUUCUUAAAUAAGGGGCCCAAAAAUUGCAUUUCUGACUCUGUAAACUGUUGCUGUUGAAUCCAUUCCUGGGGACAUAGAAACUCAAGAGGCUCUGUACACUAGUAAGCCAUGAUAGUCCAAUUAGUAAUCUGAUGAAAAAAAUCAAUUCAACUUUUCAGAAAGAAAUCUACUAUCACCAUUGCUGGUUGGCCUAUCCAUUUGUUGUUUGUCCUCCACAGCAUUCUGAGUCCUGAGUGCAGAACUUUCUUAUCAAUUCUGAAAGGCCAAUUCCUUAUCUUGAGCUCAUAAUCCCUGAAUAUCCCAAUCAGGGGUUUUUGCUUUUGUUUGUUUCUAACUCUCCUAACCUUUGGAGAGUAUAGACCCAAUCUGCUUAAUUUCUACUUGUGACAGUUCUUCCAAAAACAGAAAUCAGUCUGGUGAAUCUUAAUUGUUUUAUUUUUGUACUAGAAGAAUUGGUAUAUUGCAUCUUUUGGUUUGUAACUCCACUUUUACAGUUUGAGAAGACUGGAGGCAGUUGGAUCAUCUGCAUUUCCAAAUUGCAACUUCUUAUUUUGGGACAACUUGAGAAGUCAAGAUGUUCAUUUGAUAGCGUGUUCUAGGCUGUCGUGUGCCCUUGUGGUCUGUGACCAUUUUGUUGUUCCUGAGAAUAAAUGAGGUAUUUAACAGGCAGAUGCAGCAAGGAAGGGAAGUGGUGCAUUGGCAUUUAUUGCGGGGGGGGGUGGAAAUUAGAAAUAGAGAAGCGUUACAAAUUGCACGGGGUUUUGGUGAGGUCCCACUUAGAGAACUGUUGACAGUUUUGAUCACCUUAUUUAAAGGGUAUCCUAGCAUUAGAGACAGCCCAAGUAGAUCACUAGGCAGAUGAGAGGGUGGUCCUAUAAGUGGCUGAAGCAGCUGAGUGGGUAUUUUUUUUAGGAGUUCAGAAGAAUUGGGCAAUCUCAUUAAAAUAGAUAGAUCUUAAUGGGGCAUGACACAGUUGAUGUUGUCACUGGUGAGUGAGUCUUUGCUGAGUGGGCAUAGUUGUAAGAUAAGGGGGCAGUCUAACUAAGGAGGGUAGCAUUUUCUCAGACCAAGUAGUGAUAUCAAACUCUCCACCGUGGACAUUGUGAAAGAAAAGCAUUGGUGUCGGGGCUGGAGGCAAGAGACAGGCCAGCUGACCUUAGCUCGCUGCUCCCAGGGGUUUGCUAGACUCUGAGCUAAGACUGCAGUGAUGACUGCUUCAUGACCAUGAACUUCAGUUAUUUGCUUUUGUUUGUACGGUUUAAUUUUUUUCUGUAUGUUGGCUGUUUGAUGGUUUUUUUUAAUGGUAUACUUUGGUAAUAAGUGUACUUUGACUUUGACUGAAAGAGGUGGCAAAUAACUCUAAAACACAGAAUUGAGGGCUAUGGUGACUUUCGUAGGAAUUGAGGCCUGGGGCCAUCAGAAUGGUGGGGCAGAGUGGCCUAAAUAGAUUCAGCUCUUUUGUAGAUUAGGCUGAAAGUGGGGCGAGAUGGAGUACCAUUUUGAUGUAAUUGCUCCAGCAUGUAAAACAAACCUAAUUGUACGCAAAAAAACAGCAGACUGAAUGUUGCUAUUCAGCAUGGAUUGAGAUGUAAUCUUUUUUAUCUUGUGACUUAGUGAAGGCAACUAAUGUUGAGGAAAAUCGUGUGAAGAUGGUAUAAUUAUAAAGAGCUUGCCGCUUGCUCAAAAUACACUUCACUACAAGUUAUUAACAGCAACAAUGUGGCAGUCGUAAUUACCAUAAUGUGUAAAAUAUUUCAUUUGUAACAGCUUAAUACUUUCCACAACACAAAACAACAUUUAAUGCUUGAGCCCCAAAAGUUUGUUCAAGAGAAUAUGAUUUUAAGGAGCUUGUUAAAGGAAGUGUGAUAAUCAAAUUUUGAAGACCAUAUACCCUCGCAGAGGUGAGUCUUUCUUGCUUUGAAGUAAGGAAUCAUAUAUACUACAGUUAAGCAGUGCAGCAGGCCUGAAAACCAGACCAGGACAUUUUCAGAGUCGCUUGGGGAUUAGUCUAGAAAAAGUCAUCUGGUCCAUUUCCGGAGAACUGUGCUCAAGUAUGUGAGAGUGGGCUGCUUAUCUGUUUAACAAAUAUUCUAAAUUUUAAAAUUGUUCCAGUCCAGAUGAAAGGUCUCAGGCCAAAAUAUCAGUCGUCCAUUUCACUGCACAGGUGUUGUCUGACUUGCUGAAUUCCUCAAGUAUCUUUUUUUUUUUGCAACUGCCAAUUUUUUUAAUCUGUUCUACAUUUGCAAGAAAAGGUUUGUGAACCUUUCGCAAUUGCCUGGUUUUCUGCAUUAAUUACUCAUAAAAUGUGCUCUUAUCUUCAUCUAAGUCACAAUAAUAGACAAACACAGUCUGCUUAAACUAAUAACACACUAACAAUUGUACUUUUUAUAUCUCUAUUGAACACAUUGUUUAAUCAUUCACAGUUCUGCCUGGAAAAAGUAUGUGAACCUUAGUAUUUAAUAGCUGGUCGAACCUACUUUAGCAGCAAUAACCUCCACCAAACAUUUCCUGUAGCUGCUGAUCAGACUUGCAAAACAGCAAGGAGGAAUUUUAGACCAUUCCUCUGUACAAAACUUCUCCAGUUCAUUAAUAUUUCUGGGAUACCUUGCACGAACAGUCCUCUUCAGGUCAAUGCCACAACAUCUCAAUUGGGUUAAGGUCUGGACUCUGACUUGGCCAUCCCAAAACACGAAUCUUCUUUUUAAACCAUUCUGUUGUUGAUUUACUCUUGUGUUUCGGAUCAUUGUCUUGUUGCAUCAUCUAACUUCUAUUAAGCUGUGGUGGACCUCUAACCUGACAUUUUCCUGUAAAAUGUCUUGACACAAUUUUGAACUCAUUGUUCCCUCGACGAUUGCAAGCUGUCCAGGUCCUGAGGCAGCAAAGCAGCCCCAAACUGUGAUGCUGCUUCCACCGUGCUUUAAAGGUGGGAUGAGGUUUUUGUGUUGGUGUGCAGUGCCCUUUUUCCUCCAAACAGCGGUGUGCAUUUCUGCCAAAAAAGUUGAACUUUUGUUCCAUCUGUCCACAGAACAUUGUCCCAGAAAUGCAGUGAAACAUGCUGGUGGCCUUUUGCAAGUUUGAGACGUGCAGCAAUGUUUUGGAGAGCAGUUGUUUCCUCCAUGGUGUCCUUCUAUGAACACUAUUUUUGUUUGGUGUUUUUCUUAUAGUGGGCACAUGAACAGAGACUUUAGCAAGUUCUAGAGGUUUCUGCAGGUCUUUUGCUGUUACCCUUGGGUUCUAUUUCACCUCCUUCAGCAAUGCACGUUUUGCUCUUGGUGUGAUCCUUGCAGGAUGCCCAGUCCUAGAGAGCAAAGCAACAGUACUAAAUUUCCUCCAUUUGUAAACAAUUUAUCUUACUGUGGACUGAUGAAUACUCAGCUUCAUACAUUUCUACAAUUCUAAGAUCCUUUGAAAGUUGUUUCGAUCAAGGAAUGGUGCGCAUAAACAGAUCUUUCUUGAGAAGAACAUGCUCUGUCAGUAACUUGACUUUGACCUUUUUAUAGGGCGGGGCACCUCUACAACCCACACCUCCAAUCUCAAUUCACCUGACUCCAAAUAGCUUUUAUCGAAGGCAUUGUCCCAGAGGCUCACAUACUUUUUUGAACCUAGACAUGCUGAUUUGGGAAACAAUAGAUAAAAUAUGCAGGAUCAAAGAUACACUUUGAAGAUCAGUUUCAAGGCUGCGGUUGCAAAUUAAUUUUAUAUUGUACCAUAAGUGAAGGAAAGCUUAGUGAGAGAAAGAAUGAGAGGCAUUCACUCCAGGAAGGAAUUGAGCCAAGUGGUGAUACCACAUUCAAUCGUUGCCGGUGCUAUCUUUGGAACUGCAUUUCAAAAUUAGCAAAAGGCCAAGUUGUCUUAGAAUUACAUCACAAGAAACAGGCCCUUUGGCAUAACUUAACCAUGCCGACCUAGUUGCCUGUAUAAGCUAGUCCUCUUUGCCUGCACUUUGCUCACGUCUCUCUAAACAUUUCCUCGCCAUAUAUUUGUUGAAAUAUAUAGUAUUGCACCCACCUCUGUCACUUCCUUUGACAACUUGUGCCAAAUAUCCGAAACCCUCUGAAAAAGCUUGCCUCUCAGAUCCCCUUUACAUAUUUCCCCUCUCGACUUAAACCAAUGCCCUCAAGUUUUGUGACUCCCCUUUCCUGGUGAAAAGGCAGAUAGUUCACCUUUUCUACGCCCCUCAUGAUUUUAUAUCCCUCUGUAAGAUUCUCCCUUUCACAAGAUAAGACAGAUGGCGGGAGUAAAAAAAAAAAGCCCCAGCCUAUCCAGUCUCUCAUUGUAACUCAAAUUAUCUAGUCCUGCCAACCUCCCUGUGAAUCUUUUCUGCAUCCUUUAGAGCUUAAGGACAUUCUUCCUGUAUCUGGGUAACCAGAAGUGCACACAAUGCACCAAAUGUGCUCUCACCAAUGUUCUGUACAGCUAUUAGAUGAUGCUCCAACCCUUGUACUCAGUAGCCUAACUGGUUAAGGCAAAUGUGUCAAGUGACUUCUUCAUUAUCUUACUACUAUUUUUUUUAAAAAUUUUUGCAUUAUUUAUUUAAUGUGACUAUUUAAAAUAUAUGUGUAUAUAUUUACUGAAAUUCAGAUUUUUUUCUCUGUUAUUAUGUAUUGCAUUGUAUUGCUGCCGUAAAGACAACAAAUUUCAUGAUGUAAGCUGGUGAUAUUAAACCUGGUUCUGAUUCUGAAAU